AUGGUCCGUGGGACGCGACUCCUUCACACGACGAGACUUUCAAAUUACUCGAAAACUCUUUGUCUGGCUACAAGCCCCAAGCAGGCUGCAAAUAAAAUUUACCAUCCGACCUUGUUCACCCGUUCAUUCACGGUCUCUUGCACUCGCCAUGAGGCAGAUACUGUUGUUCGCGUACCCACGAUGGCAGAGUCAAUUACCGAAGGAACUCUCACACAGUUCAGCAAACAAGUCGGAGAUUUCAUUGAGCAAGAUGAGGAGCUUGCAACUAUUGAAACGGAUAAAAUCGAUGUGUCGGUGAACGCUCCUUAUUCCGGAAUCAUCCAGGAGUUGCUCGUGGCCGAAGGCGACACUGUCACCGUCGACCAAGCCAUCGCAGAGCUUCGACCACAAGAGGAGCAUUCUGUGGAUGGUGCGGGUGAUAGCGCAAGCUUAGCUCUAAAUUACACCGAGUCACAUAUUCAGGAAAAGUGCGAGUCUUCUGCAGCUUCAGUCACCACAGAAUUACCGGCCACGAUAACUACAAAUUCCAACAGCAAGAAGGUCGAGAAUACUACGAAGCAGGAGUCAUCGCACACUAACGACAGCUCGUCACAGGCGAGCCAAAGUCCCAAACAGAGGCGCGGAGAGAAUCGAGUGAAAAUGACCCGCAUUCGACAGAAGACGGCACAGCACCUCAAAGAAUCACAAAACACUGCCGCAUUCCUGACAACCUUUAACGAAGUCGACAUGUCGAAGAUCAUCGAAUUCCGAAAGAAAAACAAGGACACCGUGCUGGAAAAGUAUGGUGUCAAGCUAGGCUUCAUGGGAGCCAUGGCCAAGGCUUCUGUCCUCGCACUCAAGGAAAUCCCGGCAGUCAAUGCAUCCGUUGAGAACGGUGAUACCAUUGUAUAUCGCGAUUAUGUGGAUCUUAGCGUCGCCGCUUCCAUUCCAAAGGGUCUUGUCACUCCUGUCCUCCGGAACAUUGAAUCGAUGACCAUCGUUGAUAUUGAAAAGGGUAUUUCUGAGCUUGUCACGAAGGCCCGCGAUGGAAAAUUGACAAUGGAUGAUUUGAUGGGCGGUAGCUUUACUAUCAGCAACAGUGGUAUUUGGGGCUCCUUGUUCGGAACUCCGAUCAUAAACAUGCCGCAAACUGCCGUUUUGGGGACUUACGGUAUCUUGGAUCGACCCGUCGCUGUCAACGGGCAGGUUGAGAUUCGGCCUAUGAUGUACAUCGCAUUGACAUACGAUCACCGGAUUAUUGAUGGGCGCGAAGCUGUCAAAUUCCUGAACAUAGUCAAAGAUCAUCUAGAGCAACCGGAGAGCAUGCUGCUGGGAUAG